ACGUUCCCAUCAGAGCGACCUGCAGCAGCCACAGCAGCAGCAGCAGCAGCAGCAGCAGCAGUGCAGCCUCAGCUCGUCCCGCCGCUGCCCUGCCAUCACUCUAACACUCACCUUUAACCUGCAGGACACCUGGAGGAUCGGGGGGGCUGCAGCCGGACGUCUCUGACUUGAAGGGAUUUUGAAACUGAGGAACAUAAAGGAGGGAAGACGAGCUCCUGGAUGUCGUUUGGCUCGCGGGGAUUUUUUUUUCCCCCCGUUCCCCAAGGUGUCAUCACCUGGAUUCUCUCCUGAGACUUUUCUUCUUCUUCGUGGUGGAAAGUUUGAGAAAGGACAUUAAGUGAAUUGAUUUUUCUUCCUGUUAUCUUUUUCCGUGUGGGACAGACACUGUGGGAAAACAUGUUGUGCUCCAGGAGAGUCCUGCAGCAGUGGUGCUUUGCUCUUUUCCUGCUCUGCUCUCCGGUGCCGCACUUCGGACGUCCGAUCGAUGCCCUGAGCAGCAGAAUAAAGCGCUCGGUGACUCACGCUCAGCUGAUGCACGACAAAGGUCGGACGCUGCAGGACUUUAAGCGUCGCAUGUGGCUGCAGGAGCUUUUGGAUGAAGUCCACACGGCGGAGAUCCGCGACCUUCCCGUCCGGACCACCGGAGGAGGCGGAAGCAGCAGUGGCGCCGGCGUCGGGCUGCCUGGGGUCAGCCUGGGCAUCAACCUGAGCACCACCGGCAGCACCCUGCACUCCAAACCGCCCGGAGGAACCAAGAACCUCCCCAUCACCUUCAGGCUGGAGGAGGAGGAGGGCACCAACCUGCCGCAGGAGACCAACAAGUCUCAGACGUACAAAGACGGCGUCCUCAAAGCACCCGGCAUUAAGAGGAAGAAGAAAGGGAGGUCUGGGAAGAGGAGGGAAGGAGAGAAGAGGAAGAGGAGGGCACGUUCACUGGGGUGGAGGCUGGAGGACGAACCCGGGAGUGGACUCCACCUGGAGUGGAGGUCUCUGCUCGGCCUGCAGAGGGCGCUGCUUUAAAACGCUGUCAGUCUCUGACAAAGAAGCCUACGGACAGUUGGAGUGGACUCCUAAAUACUCAUGUUACAGUCGUCUGUAAUGGUGAUUAUUUGGAAAGAAAUUGGAAAAUAUUUAUUGUCUGUAAAUAUUCUAAAUAUAGCAGAAUAGAUAGCAGAAUAUGAUAAAAAAAAAAAACUUAUUUGAUGCUCUGUGGGGCAACAGAUUUUAAUCUUUGUGAAUCCUUGCUUUUUUCUUUUUUUAUUCCAAUUAUGUCAGAUUUUUUUGCGGUAAUUUAUUUUGUCUGAAUGGUGUAUUUAUUUUGUAAAUGUAUCGAGGUGCUGCUGACCCUCUAUAUUUUUGUACCAUAAUGCACUUUAGAUAUAUAAAUAUAAAUAUAUAUACCAUUAAUUUUGUUCAUUGACUUGUUUUUGUGGUUGAUUGAAAUGAAGAAAAAACGACAGUCGUCAUUCUGUGUUACUUUUCCGUUUGAUUCUUUACCCUUCGCUCUGUUCAGACGUCCACUUUUUUGUUUCUUUGCUGCUGUUUUUCAGAUGUUUUGUUUCGUUGUCUCACCUUUUUGUGUCGGACCCUCCUGCUGCCUUCAGUGUCUCUGUUUCCUCCACAGCCGCUCUGCUUCUCAAUGCAAAAGUUCAUACUUGUACAUAAACCAAACACGGCUCGAUAUUGUUGUUUUUGGCACUUGCACUGAGAUAAACACCCUGUACUGAACGGAUUAAACAUUUGA